GACGCAUACGGCGAGUCACAUGACCCGGCGCGGUGUCUAUGGUAACGGAGAAGAUGGCGGAGUUGAGCGAGCAGCACCGGGCGGAGGUUGUGAGUUACAUUCGUUUCGCUCAGGGGAAGCGGCAGCUGCGGCUGAAGAGUGUCCGCUCCUGCUUCCAGGAUGUGAUGGAGAGCCGACUGAUGGAGGACACGUACACGGCGGAGGAGGUGUCGGAGCUGCUGUGCGGCCUGCAGUCCGCCGUCCUCAGUGAGCUGGAGCUGGAACUACUGAACUCCGCCCACACCAACGUCCUGCUGCUGCAGCAGCUCUUCCUGCAGGCCCAGCAUUGGCACCUGCGACUCCACACUGACAUCUCCGAGCUGGAGAACCGACAACUGCUGGAACAAGUGGCCGAGCUGGAGAGGAGCCAAGACUCCGCCCCUUCCUCCGCCCCCGCUGUGCCCAAACAACGCCUGGCCCCGCUGGAUGGCCCCUCCCAGCUCCUCCAUGUGGAGAUCGCCCGCCUCCAGGAGGACAAUGACAAGCUGAAGGGGCGACUCCGCACCUUGGAGGGCCAGGUCACCUCCACGCUGGACGAGAAGAAGAACACCGAGGCCGCCCUGAGAGACCUGCGCAGAUUGGUCCAGGAGACGGAGGCCCCGCCCCCGAGGGACGUCACGCACCUGGAGGAUGCUCUGAGCAACCUGAAGGUGGAGUUCCAGAAGACGAUGGGCGAGCACAACGCCAGCCAGAGACAACUGGAGGAGAACCUGACCGGAACCAAACACCAGCUCCUCCGGGUCCAGGAACAGCUGGCCAUGGCCGAGAGGGAGCUGGACAGGAAGUUCCAGGAGACGGCCGCCUACCGCAACAUGAAGGACAUGCUGAGCAAGAAGAACGAGCAGAUGAAAGAGCUCCGCCGGAAGCUCAGCAAGUACGAGCCGCAGGACUGAGCCUCCCGCCAAUCCCACAGGGGCCACACAGAAAGAUCCAGGGCCCCCGGGAUGUGACCCCAGAGCACCUUCACAAUACAACAACCCCCAACAGGGGGCCA